CGACGCCAGUCGAAAGCGUGAGCGGCGUGGAGAUACAGUUAAUUACAAAAGCGAGAAACACUGAUUUCGGAUCAUGCUACAAGUACUACUCGGUAUCUGACUUUCCCAUCUCUCAAUCGCGCCAUCCCUUCCUCGACGCCCUGUUUCGUCAAGGGGAACUUCUCGAUUAUGGGCUUGAUGUUGUUACGCGCAGCGAAGUCGAGCAUCCGAGCAUGCACGGAGCGAGAAGCGAUGUGUGAGCCCUGCACGGUGAUCCCAUUAUCGAUGAAGGGGGUGACAGGGAACGAGAGGUUGCCCUUGCUGACGGUCAGCGGGAAGAUCGUACCCUUCGGCUUCAUGACGGAAAGGUACGGAGUCCAGUCGGGCACGAAGCUGGUGGUGAAAAUGAGGUGGUCUAGUAUGCGCACGUUCUCGAACUUGGUCACAUCCUUAGUCGCGUAGAAUUCUGAUGCGCCGAGUCGCGUGGCCUCUUCUUUCUUGGAAUCCGAGCUUGAGAAGACGACGACUUCGGCGCCCAUUUUGGCGAGGAAGAGGAUCGCGAGGUGCCCAAGACCACCAAUGCCGACGACGCCGACGCGGUGGGUGGGUCGGAUGUUGUAUGUUUCAAUCACCCCAAACACAGUCGCGCCACCGCACAUGAGAGGUGCAGCGUUUUCUGGGGCCAUAUUUGCUGGAAUGCGGAAUAGGAAGGACUCGUCCCAGAUCUGGCGGGGGUCAAUACAGUUGACAAGAGAAAGAGGAUUCACGCACGGCGUGGGAGCCGAACGAGCCUUGAUGAAGAUUGUGCUUGCCGUAGAGCUCUCGCUGCAGACAGUACUGGUCUUGGCCUGGAGAGCAAGCGAAUGAGAGAGAGAAAACUAUAUCACGAAAGCAAACAAACCAAGGAUGCACUGCUCGCAGGUCCCACACGUCUUGUGUGUGUAGCCCCAACCAACGACAUUACCGACAUUCACCAGUGUUACAUCCGACCCAACCGCUUCAACCACACCAACCCCCUCGUGUCCAAGACCCAUAUCGGCGUUCUUGAAAUGUUCAUCGGUGCCGCAAAUGCCCGAGUGCGUGAUGCGAAGGAGGACCUGUUUUCCUGUUGGUGCAGGGCGAGACAUUGUGGCUUCAACGAUGCCGUUCUUGGAGCCCUUGAAAACAGUGUACUGGAUGCUCAUAGGGAUUCUAGGGUCGUGGAUAAUGUGUAAGGAGCUCAAAGUUCAGUCAGAUUGGAGUCUUUAUAAGUGAUAUCGCGGGUGAGGUUUCAUCCCCGCCUAAGUCUAGCACCUUGAAGUAUGGACGGCCGACGGAGAAUUAAGAAUCUUGGCUCACUGCACGACACGCGGCGGUGAUGAAUAGUGAGAUCAGAGAAGAUCAGAGACCUGAGUGGAUUCCUGAGUUCCUCCAAUGUGUCAUCCAUGAUGAGCCGGCUUUGAAAUUUGAAGAGAAAUGCGAUUGUAGUAGGAUUAGAUGCGAUUGUGAGCACUGCCACUACGCAGAGCCAUUUGUGCAUGGAGCGCCGCGACCGAUCAUGUGAGCCGCUCACCAGUGUGCAUCACCACCUUCUGCUGGACGCUCUAAUCAAUUUCGCCUGCUUUUUGAAUAUUAUUUAACCUGCUUGCAUUGUGACCACGUAGUUCCGGAAGCUCUGCGCAUCCUACAGGUCACUUGAUAACCCGAGUUGGAAUUUGGGAGAUUGGGGUCACACACCCUCGAGCCCAUCCGGGUCUUUGCGGCCCGGGCAGUAUGUGAUUCUAGAGAGGUUGUGUAUAAUCCCGACUUGGUCUUCCGCCGCCAGUGCAUGCCAGCGAACAUCCGUAUCAGUUGUUUCUUCAGCUUGUGAACGGCCCUGAAUAGCCGGACGUGGAACGCAUACAUCCAUGCCGUCCCACAUCGACUGCUACCUCGACUGUGCUUCCUUAUACAGCUUCUUCGCGUUUCUCCAUCUAUGCAAGAUCCGGCCACAGCUUGCCUCACACGGUGUCUCGGUCGACUUCCAUCCGGUGUUGCUCGGCGGUGUGCACCGGGCUAGCGGCAACGAGCCACCGUGGACGCUUCCCGCGAAGGCGGCGUAUAUGGAACUCGACAUCGCGCGCACAGCUCGGUUUCACGGUGUCUCUGGCGUUGCGCAGCCUGCGUUCUUUCCCGCGUCUACAGUCAUGGCCCAGCGGAUCCUAUGCUACGUGAAAGCGACCUUCCCCCAACACGCCUUCGAGCAGACCUUGCUGUCGUUCUUCCGCUCGCUCUGGGUGCUUCCGCAUGCCGAUAUCUCGAAACCCGACGUCGUUCGAGGCGUGUUGGACGGAUUGCACCUUUACUCGGACGCGCAAGUCGACGCGAUAUUGGCGGCACCGGCCCAGAAAGAAUGGAAGGACUGUCUCACGAGCAAUACACGCAGAGUAGUCGAGCUCGGGGCUUUCGGAGCGCCGUGGAUGUGGGUGCAGGACGGCAACGGGAAGGAGGAGCCCUUCUUCGGGAGCGACAGAUUCCACUUCAUCUGGGAGUUUCUCGGUCUUCCCUGGCAAGAGUCGGGUCUCUUACCGCCUACCUCCAAGUUGUAGGUCUUUGCCUCUUACGGUAGUGGACGUGUCGGUAUGGGCGGUAUCACGAUGGAUGAAAGUAGUCAAUGUUAGCCCGACAUGUAUAUCGAAAGAUGCGGAGUCUAAGCUAGCUGACUUGAAU